CUGAGGAACAAGGCUAGGAGAACCACUCGACUGCAGCAGUGAUCUCGGUCAGAAAGAAAAAACUAAACAAAAGGAACCGGGUCUACAAAGAUACACUGACUAAAAGUCUGACAGAGACCGGAGUGAUAGACCCAGCGCUUAUAGAGCGUUAUAACACUCCAGGGUUCAUAGGCUGUCUGUCACGCGUCCAGUUCAACGGAGUCACACCCCUGAAAACAGCCCUAAGAAACCUUGUAGCAGACAGACCGAUAGACAGACAUCCAGACAAACCGACAGACAGACAGUCUGUGCCAGUGUCCUACCAGGGUAAGCUGGUAGAAUCUAACUGUGGAGCCUCGCCUCUCACCAUCCCACCAAUGUCUGCUGCCACCGAUCCUUGGCGCCUGGACUCAGGUGCAGAGUUCCCAUUUAAUGAAGAGAGAGUGAUCCCAGAUGGAGUUAACAGGAAGUCAGCCAUUAUAGGAGGUAUCAUUGCCGUGGUGAUCUUCACCAUCCUGUGCACGCUGGCGUUCCUGAUUCGCUACAUGUUCCGUCACAAGGGCUCCUACCACACCAAUGAGUCGAAAGCGGCGGAGCCAGCCAGUGGCGAAUCAGCUGACACCACCAUCAUCGGCACCGACCCCAACCCAGAGACCAUCGACGAAUCAAAGAAAGAGUGGUUCAUCUAACUGCCAAUAGAAAGACAGAGAGAGAGAAGGGGUGGCUGUGUAUCUAACCAACAACCACAUGAGAAAUGGAGAGUGGGAGGUUCAUUUAUUGACCAAUCACAGGAGAGAUGGAAAGAAAUGUCAUCCAAUAGUGUCCCUACUGAAUGGAGGAGGGGGUGGAAGUGGGUAAAGAAUGGUGUACAGAAAUCAGAUUUUUUUUCAUAAAAGCAGAAGAAAGAAGAGAGUCUAUUGGAACGUUGCGUUGAGAGACUAAAUCUGUACAUAGUAACUGAUGAGUCCUUCUUUGUAUUGUAUUUGGGAGUUGUCAGGAGUCCUUUGAAUACAUAAUAGAUAUAUAAUAACAGAUCUGGAUCAAAUACAUAUCUCAAGUACAUUAAAAUGUCAUUGAUUCAGCUUGGAGUUUGCACUUUUGGGACUAUUCUGUUGUCUCCAUUGUACCAAACUAAAUCAAACUCAAUUAGCACAGCUCAAGUUAUUUGACUUAUGUAUUUGACCUCUGUAUAUUAAUAAUAAUAAUAACCACUGGAUCAUACACUAGCACAGACUUGUUUGUUUUUUAAAGGGGCAAUCAGGAGUUGCUACAUCCAUUUUUGGACUUAUAAAUUCAUUAUAUGUACUCAUUCAUUCUUGAAGAAUGUAACUUAUAAAUGUCUCAUGAGCUUAGUUCAACUGCCAUACCCAAUCAGAACCUGAAAUAUAAGCUUGUUUUACUCCAAUGUUUGAAAGCAAAGUAGAUGUAAACAAACACUAUAUAGCCUCAAA